AUGUGGAAGCUGACCCAGCAAUUGCGGCCGCAUAUCACUCCGACCCGAUGGAUGAUCCGAAACUUCCGUAGUGGAGAAGCCACUGGUCUCUACGGCUUCGAUCAUCUUACGACUGCCCAAGGAUUUCAACGCUUCGUCGCUGACGCUAUUGAAAAGUCUGGAGAGUUGGUGAGCUACAUAGCAGGCAUGCCUUCGUCUCCAGAGAUUAUUAAAGCCAUGGAUGAGAUCUCAGACACUGUCUGUUGUGUUGUUGACUCUGCUGAACUCUGUAGACAAACCCAUCCUGACAGGGAAUUUGUUGAGGCAGCUCAUAAAGCAGCAAUGGAUAUGAAUGAUUAUCUACAUCAUCUUAACACAAACCAUACUUUGUAUGCGGCGGUGAAAAAAGCGGAGCAAGAUUCCAACUUGCUUACUAGAGAAGCAAGUAAGACGGCGCAUCACCUCCGAAUGGACUUUGAACGUGGUGGCAUUCAUCUAGACCCUGAGAAGCUAGAUAAAGUGAAUAACUUAACAACCAACAUUUUUCAGCUAUGCAGUGAGUUCAGUGAAAAUAUUGCUGAUGAUCCAGGACAUGUUGAUAUAUUUCCAGUAUCACGCAUCCCUCGACAUCUGCAUCAUCUUCUCAACCCUAUCUACCAAUCCACUUCAGGAAGGGAGUCUAAAAGAUCAGUUCAUGGCUCGAAACAGAAGGGAUUUCGAAUACCUACUGAUCCACGAACCCUUUCUUCCAUUUUGCAAUGGACAUCAGACGAAGAGGUUAGGAAAAAGGUAUAUAUUCAAGGGAACUCUGUUCCUCACGCAAAUCACGGAGUUCUUGAGAAGCUUAUUGCUUCACGCCAUGAGCUUGCCCAGAUGAUGGGGUGUAAUUCUUAUGCUGACUUUAUGGUCGAGCCAAACCUAGCAAAAUCGCCAAAGGUUGUGACAUCUUUCCUGCAAGAACUGAGCAAGACAGUCAAACCAAAGGCGGACGAAGAAUACAUAGCCAUUAGAGACUUCAAAAGAGAGAAAUGUGGUGAUAAAUCUGCAGAGUUAGAGCCAUGGGAUGAAACUUACUAUACUUCAAUGAUGAAAUCCUCCGUCAAUGAUGUGGACACAGCUGUCGUAGCAUCAUAUUUUCCUCUGCCUCAGUGUUUUGAAGGCCUAAAAGUACUAGUUGAAUCAUUAUUUGGAGCAACGUUUCAUACCGUACCUCUGGCCCCAGGUGAAUCCUGGCACCCAGAUGUGCUUAAAAUGUCUCUGCAUCACCCGGACGAGGGAGAUCUCGGGUAUCUUUACCUCGACUUAUACUCAAGGAAAGGCAAGUACCCUGGCUGUGCUAGCUUUGCAAUCAAAGGAGGACGCAAGAUUUCUGAAACGGAGUACCAACUUCCUGUUUUGGCUCUUGUUUGCAAUUUCCAACGAGCUCGUGAUUCAUCAGUCGUAAAGCUUAAUCACUCCGAAGUUGAAGUGUUGUUCCAUGAAUUCGGCCAUGCUCUUCAUUCUCUGCUCUCACGAACGGAAUACCAACAUUUUUCCGGUACCCGAGUGGCUCUUGACUUGGCAGAAAUGCCUUCAAAUCUAUUUGAGUACUACGCAUGGGACUAUCGCCUCCUGAAGAGAUUUGCGCGUCAUUACUCAACCGGUGAGACAAUACCUGACAAUCUGGUGAGCUCGUUACAAGGUGCGAGGAACAUGUUUGCAGCAACUGAACUGCAACGUCAGGUGUUUUAUGCGUUGAUCGACCAAAAGCUGUUUGGGGAACAACCAGAGACAGCAAGAGACGUGAGUCAACUCGUGGCUGAACUAAAACGGGAACAUACGAGCUGGAACCAUGUCCAAGGAACACACUGGCAUAUUCGAUUCAGUCACCUACUUAACUAUGGAGCAGGAUACUAUAGCUACUUGUAUGCCAAGUGCUUUGCGUCAACGAUAUGGCAAUCAAUAUGCGAGGAAGAUCCUCUCUCGUUGAGCACGGGAAGGUUGCUCAGAGAGAAGUUUUUCAAACAUGGGGGAGCUAAAGAUCCAGCUGAGCUGCUUAAGGAUCUUGCAGGGAAAGAGAUCAUUAGUGUUCAUGGUCAAGGCAUAAUCCCUGUGACCACAUGCCUUUUGAAUGAGCUGAGACUGUAA